UCAAAGAAACUAAACGUUUAUUAUUAUCUUAAAAGACACAUGGUUGGGAUUUUGCAUUGCCAAGGACUUGUGAUUAUGUUGCUGGUUACAUGCAUCUUCAUCGCCUUAACAACCGGUCCAGCUGCAGCUAUAGAGCGUCAUUACAUAUGGGAGGUGUCUUACCAGUACAAAUCUCUUGACUGCUGCAAGAAACUAGCUAUUGCCAUCAAUGGGUUGACUCCAGGCCCUACAAUCUCUGCAGUGCACGGAGAUACAAUCGUUGUCGACGUUAUCAACAAUUUGUUGAUGGAAAAUGUUGCAAUCCAUUGGCAUGGAAUCCGGCAGCGUGGAACACCUUGGAGUGAUGGAGCAGAUGGUGUUACUCAAUGUGCAAUCAUGCCUGGAGAAACCUAUCGAUAUACAUUUGUGGCUGACAGGGCUGGGACAUAUAUGUACCAUUCACAUUAUGGAAUGCAAAAAGAAGCUGGGCUAUAUGGAAUGAUUAAUGUUUCACUUCCACUUGGGGUAUCAGAGCCCUUCAACUAUGACUUUGAUCGAGGGAUUAUUCUCAGCGAUUGGUACCAUCAUACAUCUUAUGAACAGGCAACUGGCUUGUCUUCCAUACCUUUUGAAUGGAUUGGGGAGCCUCAGUCACUAUUGAUAAAUGGAAGAGGGAAUUACAAUUGUUCAGGCUUAGCCCCUAGUGUUUGUAAUUCAACAAAUCCUCAAUGUUCUCCAUCUACACUGACUGUAAUUUCAGGCAAAACGUAUCGAUUAAGGCUUGCUAGCUUGACAUCUUUAUCAUCUCUUAGCUUUCAAAUUGAGGAUCAUGAGAUGACAGUUGUUGAAGCUGAUGGGCAUUACGUUGAGCCUUUUGUCACUAAGAAUUUAUAUAUUUACUCUGGGGAAACAUAUUCUGUCUUAGUAACAGCAAACAAAGAUCCUUCCAGGAAUUACUGGACCAGCAUCAAUGUAGUUGCUCGAAAGCCUAAAACCCCAAAUGGCUUAGCCAUAUUCAAUUACUAUCCUAAUCAUUUUCAUGAAUUUCCCCCAACAAAUCCACCACCAGGACCCCUUUGGAAUGACAUACAAUCCCAAAUGAAUCAAAGUCUGACCAUAAAAGCUCGCCAAGGUUUCAUUGUGUCCCCUCCGAAAAAAUCAGACAGGGUCAUUGUACUCCUCAACACACAAAACAAAAUAAAUGGUUAUGUUCGUUGGUCCCUAAAUAAUGUCUCACAUUCCCUUCCUAGCACCCCUUACCUUAUAGCCUUAAGGGACAAUAUGACUGAUGUUUUUGAUCCAACUCCACCACCUGAAGACUAUGACUCUGAAAAUUAUGACAUAUACAGUGUUUCAAACAACACAAAUGCUAAUUCUAGCACAUCCAUUUACAGGCUGCAGUUCAAUUCGACAGUUGAUAUUAUAUUGCAAAAUGCAAAUUCCAUGAGAGCAAAUUGUAGUGAGGUACAUCCCUGGCAUCUACAUGGGCAUGAUUUUUGGGUCCUAGGUUAUGGGGAAGGAAAAUUCAACUCGUCCAGGGACAUUGAAAAGUACAAUUUGGUUGAUCCAAUUAUGAAGAACACAGUGCCUCUUCAUCCGUAUGGUUGGACUGCUCUGAGGUUUCAAGCAGAUAAUCCAGGUGUAUGGCUUUUUCAUUGCCACAUUGAAGCCCAUCUCUUCUUAGGAAUGUUAGUGGUGUUUGAAUCUGGGGUAGAAAAGGUGGGAAUUAUACCCAUGUCUAAUUAUGGUUGUGGCAAAACCAAGAGCUUGAUUAAGCGAUCGUUUGAUAAUGGCUUUUUUAAAUAUCGUUUGAACAAAUUUAUGAUCCAUUUUCUUAAUACUUUGGUGAAACACACUCAGUGCUAA